UCACAAGUUAAUUCGAGAACGUUAUUAAUAUGAAGGGGGCUUCAGUACAGAUUUUGGUACUAUUAAUAUGGCAUGUUACGCUGAUUGAAACCGUUAAUGGUUAUUUAGACGGCGACAGUAAUACGAGGAUUAAACGAUCUCCGGAAUCACUGCAGAACAAAAAGCUCGAAUAUGAAUCCACAAAGGUGACGGAAUUAGAAGACGUGUUAACGAAUAACAUGACGAACGUUGUGGUCUGUCAUUGGGUGAAAAUUGAUGACGCCCCACCAAACAACACCAAACUACUGUGGCAAUACGGGGAUCCUGAAUACGACCAACCACAGAUGGGGCUCGCCUUGAAUGAAGAUGCACAGCCUAUGGCGAUUCUGUUCAACAGUGUACCAACUUACGAACUAUCAGCGGCACUCAAAGACGGACAGUGGUACCAUAUUUGUCUGAAAUGGGAUGGCACUGUAGGAUACGUGGAAUACAUAGAGAACGGCCAAGCUCGGACGAAUGGUACAGACAUCAUUGCAACUCAAGAAAUGUUAGCAUACGGGACACUAAAGCUUGGCGGCGCUGACUACAAAUUCGAACUAUCUGAAUUCAACAUUUGGCAAUCAGAUAUGAACUUGUAUGAAAUCCAAAAGAUAUAUAACUGUAAUCCAAAGAGUCAAGGAGAUAUGUUUUCCUGGAAUUCAAUAUCUAUAGUUGAUGAUCAGGAAAUUGUUAAAGAUUUAGAUUUACCGGGAGAGAACGAAGCGACAUUUGUAUGCGAAGGAUGUGCGAGGUACGAGUUGUACUUCACUAGACAAACUUACGCAUAUGCCAAAUAUGUAUGUGAACAAAAGGGAAGCCUGGCCAAGCUUGCGACAAAAAGUACCUAUCAGUUCGUUCGGUCGUUGUUAUUAAGUACUGAUAUAAUACAGCGUGUGCAGGGAAAUGGUUAUUGGAUAGGCCUGCGGGACACAGGAAUAAACCAGUUCGAAUGGCAAGACGGCGAACCACUUGAAAAUGGUGACUAUAGUAACUGGGCAAAGCGGCAGCCGAAUAACAGGAAAGAUAAAAACGGAAACUACCAGGACUGCGUUCAGUUAUGGGCAAAAGGAGCUUUCAAGUGGGACGAUGAUUGGUGUUAUAAGAAAAAGAGUUAUAUUUGUGAAAUUGAUUUCCACAUCCACCGAUCACAUGACAUAUCGCUUUACACAUGUGACGUCAAGCUUGAAACGUACAACACUUAA